AUGGAAGACCCAUUUUUCGUGGUGAAAGACGAAGUAUUCAAAGCGCUGAAUAAAACACGUGGGCUGUAUAUUCGCUGGCGGGAGCUAAACGAUGCACAUUCCGGUGGUUCCACCGCCGAAUCCGAUUGGACAACAACAGAACUGAAGAACUCACUGCGCAGCAUUGAAUGGGAUUUGGAGGAUCUGGAGGACACUAUUAGUAUCGUAGAGAAAAAUCCAAACAAAUUUAAGAUCGACAACCGUGAACUGUCGAGCCGACGGUACUUCAUCGACGCCACCCGGGAUGAGGUGAAAUCGAUGAAGGAUCGCAUGAGCAUUAGCCGGAACCGUGAUCAAGACAUAACCGCACGCCAGCCGCUGCUCGAUAACGUCGAAUCGUCACCGCAGACCAAUAAGAAUUACAUCAACAACAACAGCAUCAUAUCAAACGGUGUGACCGUGCUGACCGGGAACGGAACCGUCGGUGGUGGGCUCAACAACAACUCGUUAAACUGCAACCUUAACAACAACAGUCAGGUGAACAACCUUAACCUUGCCGAAACCGGUAAACAUUUGAUCAGCUCUGCCGGCGCUGCAAUGGCUUCGAGACACAGCGGUGCAAAGUACUCAAAGUUGGAGAAUAAUCUCGACGAUAGUCCGAGCCAUUAUGUACCAUCGUCGUCCGGUGGUGCCGUGCUCGAUUCCAGCUCAAGCCGCUUCGUGGAGGAUACGCUUGCGACGCAGCAUAGGAUUCUGGUCGGGCAGGACGAGCAGCUGGACAUUAUUAGCGAUUCGAUCGGGACGCUAAAAACGGUCUCCCGCCAGAUUGGUAUCGAGCUGGAUGAACAGGCUGUAAUGCUAGACGAGUUUGGCAAUGAGCUGGAGCAAACUGAUUCCAAGUUGGAUGCUACCAUGAAAAAGGUAGCAAAGGUUUUACACAUGUCCAACGAUCGGCGACAGUGGACGGCAAUCGUAGUUCUAUCGAUAGCCCUGGUAGUUGUGAUAAUUAUUUACAUCAUUCUCUAA